GGCAUUUCAGUCUUUUCACAUAGCCACGAUUUCAUACCUCCCGUCCCGGCGCCCCCGCAUAAAAAAGCGAAAAUCAAGCCAGGCAUCGAAGCCCCGGAGAUCUCUCAUUCCGGAGAGAAAAGAGAAGACUCAGAGAUAAAUCCAGAGGGAAAAAAAAAAAAAGCAGAGAUGAAGAUUAGCCUUUGAUUGGUAACUGGAGAAGGUUGGUGGCAACAUAUAAUUCGGAAGCUCUGUUUCUCUUCGACCCAUCCACCCACCCACCAUCUCCAAUAUCCCCCUUUUUCCUUGUAUUCCCACGCUCUCUUUCGGCUUUUACCCAUGCGGCGUGGAAGAACCGCAGAUCCAGCAACAGUUCCCGGUAAAACAUUCUGUCAUGACACUAAUUCUAAUACCCAUUACAAGACCAUCAAGGAUGUUAAAUUUAGAGGGGUUCGGAAGCGACCCUGGGGCCGUUUCGCCGCCGAGAUCAGAGAUCCCUGGAAGAAGACUCGUGUCUGGCUCGGUACGUUUGACUCGGCCGAGGAUGCCGCCCGAGCCUACGACGCCGCCGCCUUGUCCCUUCGUGGGCCCAAGGCCAAGAUCAAUUUCCCCUUAGAUGCCCUCCAACUCGCCCAGCUUCCGGUCCGGGAAGAGAGGAGAUUUUCGGCCGUUUCGGGUAAGUUUAAUAAUCCGAUUCAGCAACCCCCCGCUAGGCCGACGUCGAGCAGUAUGAGCAGCACGGUCGAGUCUUUCAGUGGGCCCAGGGUGGUCGUCCCGAGGGUGAAGGCCGUGCCGCCGCCUCCCGUGCACCCGAUCCCACCCGAUGAUUGCCGCAGCGACUGCGACUCGUCGUCCUCGGUGGUCGACGACAACGACGACGACUGUGUCCUCACUUCAUCGUUCCGGAGGGUCCUGCCGUUCGAUCUCAACCUCCCUCCUCCGAUGGACGGUGAGGAUUUCGGCCUAAUCGAUGACGACGAUAUCCAAGCAACCGCUUUGUGUCUCUAAAGACGCUAUGGUCGGUCGUGGAUCUAAUGGUCACUUUUUUCUUUCAAUUUCUCUCUUGUUUUCUAUCUUAUUUCUCCAGAAAAAAAAUCGAUAAUUUGAUUUUUAUUUUAAAUCCCUAUCUGUAUUAGGUUAUGAUGUAUGAAUAGUUGUAUUUGGGUUGCCGUGCGGUCUGGGGGUUUCUUCAACUUUCAUGGGCUACGAACAUUUGUCUCUGUAUUGUUGAACCCAAUUAGAUCGUAUUACAAAGCA